AUGACCGGUUCUGACCAUCCUAUCACACCCGUCGCAAGCUCUGAUCUUCUGUUUCUUGCGGAAUUCAUUCACUCCGCAAAAUUAUUGUUAAGCAUCAACCGCCUCUUGUACCAACCAUGGUUCAAUGAAUCUCUCCAAAGAAAGCAGUACACGGGGGCCGUCGAGGGUGCGUUUGCGGACCCAUCGAUGGAAUGCUUCAAGGCAACCCACGCCGAGUCGAAUGAGAUCAUCGGCUACAUUGUCUUCGCAAAGAAGCAGGCCAGUGAGGGAGAUACAAUAGCUUCGCAGUCUCAAGUUCCUGAUUCCGGGCACACUGCCCCCGAGGGAAUGACCCCUGGUAUCCUGACGGAGAUAUCCGGCGCAAACAUGGAAAUCAACAAGGCAGUUGAGCACAUCGACCGUUUCGAAUUGGUAUACAUGUGUGUCGAGCCACGCUAUCAGAGACAAGGGCUAGGCUCCCGCCUGCUCCAUUUGGGGUUCAACCGGGCUAGAGCUAAAGGUCUCCCGGUUACUGUGGGCGCGGAGGCACCUGCACAUGGCUUUUUCGAUAAAAUGGGAUUCAGAGAGACAACACACGUGGAUAUUGAUCUGCGCAAGUACUCACCACCUCAUAGUGGAUUCGGUAUUUUCCGGCUCACCGGCAUGGUUUGGAAGCCGUGA